UACAAGUAUGGCGGUCUGAGAGUUCUGAAAACUGUUUUGAUGGUGUAAAUAAUACAAUUUCUCAAUUUCCAAAACACCAUUUCAUCAGAAUUCGUUCUUCUCUGAACCAAUAACCGCAUCGCGUCUCAGACCAUCAUGCCGUCCGCCUGUGACUCUCUGAUUGACGACAUUGAGGACAUGGUGUCCUCUAGCGACCCGACUCCUCACGAGAGACAGUCUGCUAGAAAGAGCAUCAUGCCAAGGUCCAGGAAGAAGAAAGAGCCUUUGAGCCACGAGGAGCUCCACACUGACAGUUUGAUCCCUGGCACCCAAAAAAUCUGGAUGAAAACGUGGGGCUGCAGUCACAACAACUCAGAUGGAGAGUACAUGGCCGGACAGCUAGCUGCCAGCGGAUACAAGAUGACCGACGACCCAUCAGACGCAGACCUGUGGGUGCUCAACAGCUGCACUGUGAAAAACCCGGCAGAGGACCACUUCAGAAACUCCAUCAGGAAAGCCCAGGAACAGCAGAAAAAAGUGGUCGUAGCAGGCUGUGUUCCCCAGGCUCAGCCGCGGAUGGACUACCUCAAAGGACUCAGCAUCAUCGGGGUCCAACAGAUUGAUCGAGUGGUGGAAGUAGUGGACGAGGCUGUUAAAGGUAUUUACACACACACACACACACACACACACACACACACACACACACACACACAAGAGAUGGCUAAGAUAUUGAAUCACCCGCGCGUCUAUGCCUUCCUUCAUGUUCCCGUGCAAUCGGCCUCAGACAGCGUCCUGAUGGACAUGAAGAGAGAGUAUUGCAUCGAUGACUUCAAAAAAGUGGUGGACACACUCAAAGAGAGGGUCCCAGGUGUAACCAUUGCUACAGAUUUAAUCUGCGGUUUUCCCGGUGAGACGGAGAAAGACUUCCAGGAGACGGUAGACCUGGUGAACCUCUAUCGAUUCCCGAGUCUCUUCAUCAACCAGUUCUACUCCAGACCCGGAACACCUGCUGCCAAGAUGGAGCAAGUACCAGCACAUGUGAAGAAGCAGAGGACUAAAGAGCUGUCCCAACUAUUCCACUCUUACAACCCCUAUGACCACAAGGUCGGGGAGAGGCAACAUGUGUUGGUGACGGAGGAGUCAUUUGAUGCUCAAUACUAUGUGUCUCACAACAAGUUCUACGAACAGGUGCUGGUGCCUAAGAGGGCUGAGUUCAAAGGGAAGAUGAUUGAGGUGGACAUCUACGAGGCAGGAAAACACUUCCUGAAAGGCCGACCGGUAGAAGAGAGUAAGCCCUUCACUCCCUCCAUUGCCAAACCACUUCAGAAGGGAGAGGUGUCCGGCCUGAUGCAGCAACCGAUUGCAAAUGGCAUCCAGGAUCCUGCUUCAUCUAUGCCUUCUUCAUCCGUUCUGUUGAUCGGCUCGCACAGUCUGGACAGGGAAGUACUGAAGAAGCUGGGAAUCGGGCUCACUCUGGCAGCAGCCAUCUUGGCCUUCAUCAUAGAGAAACUGUACUGAUGGAGUAACUGCAGACUAGAAGAGGACUGUGCAGAAGGGAGAGGACGUAUGUUUGAAGCGGGUGAAUACAGCGACAUCUCGUUAGAUCCCUUACGACAUACAGCAUAUGCUCUUCUUCAAAGUUGAAUGAACCCAAAGAAGAAGAGAAAGCGAGAUUCAUGAUAACGCGUCGGUAACACCUACACAGUUAGUUGAUAUUAGUGUUUUCUGUCAUUGAAGGAGGAAUAACCCCAUGGGUAAUGACAGACCUAGCAGACACUUUUUGUACAAUUAUUGGUUUCAAAUAACACCCGAGUUACACUCAAUUUUAAUUGGAAAUUAUUUCAAGUAUCAUAUUCUGUCUCAUAUUUCUGUUACAUUGUGUGUAACUGUUUCAGGAACAUUCUACACGCUUUGUCUAUUGUUCACUGAUUGAUGGCUGCAGCCUGACAUUGUCCGGUAAAUGAGUGUUUUGGAUCUUAAUGUUUGGUCUGUGUAACUGUUCCACAGAAACAAGUUGAGCACAAUGCAGCUAGUUGAUACUGGUGAAAAACAUAUUCUGGUCUUCUGUACCAGGACAAAGUGAGAGGAUGAUGAAUGUGACUUUACAGCAUGCUGAGUUGCAGUGUGAUUCUCCAGCAUCUUUAUUUUGUUGUUGUUUUAAAGUGGGCUAAAGUGCUGAGAAUGUAGAUUUCCAAAUAUUGUACGUUAUAAAGUUGUCCAUCCUUGUUUUGAUAGAUUGAAUUGUGCUUACUUUAUCAUAUGUCUCAUUUUAUUCUGUGUAAAGAGCUUGAUCAUAAUUUGGUAUCCUUCAUUUUAAAGUAUUUGAAUAAGAGUCACUGACGGUAUAUCUCCAGAUCUUCAUCACAAACUUCUUUCAUCCUGUUUUUGAACUUGUUUUAACGCGCUAUUCUUUUGUGGUUUUGUUUAAUUUUAUGUUUUUUGCCUCAGACAUCAAAGUCGAAUGGAAUUAGUUGACGUCUUAACUUCUCUGAUUAGUUACAAUGUAACAGUUGGCCAGGUGGACAAUGCUGAGCGCUGGGAUUGAUGGUCAUGACAGAUCCAUCAUCACCACACGCUCUAUGUGAUUUAUUUCAUCUGCAUGUGAUGAUCUGCACCUGGGCCACCUGUCAGGGUUGUUUCAUACCUUCUCCCUUCUGUACCGCCUGUGGUGGUGUCUAGCUGAUAUCCACGUCAGCCAUUUCUGCUGAUGAAGGCAAAUGUAUCCAAAACUGUUUGCAUUGCUAGACAUCAUUCGAGGUGAAGGUGGACCUUUUUUCUCUUUCUUGUAUUUCAGGUGAACUGACCCUGUAAUGCAAGUCCUUUGAUAUGUCAGCUACUUGUGGUGUAUACAUAGUCUGAGUCAUUAUUGAGACAGAAGUAUCUUUUUGUUUGAACUGUUGAAUAAAGGGCAAAACACAA